AUGGAUGGUGUCCUCGAAAGAUUUGGGGUCGAGAAGUGGACAUGUUUUCACGCCGCUGUUAUGUAAAGGAGUUUCUUUUACAUUAAGAUUUUAGACGAGCGAAACUCUCCCUUACAACCCAGGUAGAUUCGGAACUCCUCAUAUCUCAAAUCCGGAGUCUUUUUCUCCAUUGUAAUGUUGAGCACCUCCGAGAGAUUAAGCCAGUUGGUUUGUAUCACCGUGAGCUAGACCUAACAACUUUUUAGCGUGUUCUAUCUGUCGAGAAUUUACCCUUUACCUUAUGUCUCGGUCCAUGGCUCUACGCGGAAUACCGAUCCUUCUUAUGGCAAUUGAAAAAAUUCGGAAUUCACCAGAACAGUUGACGUCCGUCCAUGCCGAUGUGUGCCAAGUAGGCAGUUAACUCGUACUAUAUUUUUUAGCUCGCUCUUUCGGCCAAAUGCUUUAAGCCUGUCCUUCCUCUUCUUGAUACUGAUAUCCUUGACUCUGAGUGUGACGUAAGUGCCUUUCUCAUGUUGACGUAUAUAUGUAGAAAAACGCGUUCGGCUUACAAGAUGCCCUUUUAUAUUUUUACUAUGGAGGCAUGAUCUAUGGUGUACUCCGGAAGUGGGACCGAUCACUGCACUUUUUCAAUAUGGUAUGCGCACUACCUUAGUUACCUUCAGUGCUUCAUGAUUCCAAUCUCCACCCAAAGGUCUAUUCUUGAUGAAGCUGCAAAGAAACAUCUUCUCGUAUCUCUUAUCCACCAAGGAAAGGUAAAUUAAGACUUUAAGAUAGUCUCUGGCUAGCCACCUAGUCCCCAGCACUACAUUUGGUUGUCUACAGUUUCUCUUCAUUUACGUCUUUAAAAAAAAACACUACAAAGCCUCAUCGACGCAUAUAAACAUUCGUUCUGCGAGUGAAACCACAGUAUAUUUAACUUUUCCAUAUAGCCCAUUACGAUUUCAACGUUGUUAUCUAUAGUUUUUCUGAAGUGCUACUUUAUUUUGAAGAGCUUUGUCACUUUGGCCUGCAAAUAUGCUUAAGUGUUCUCCUGCGUGUUUUGUGGGUUUACAACGCCGAGGAAGUAGUUUUCUUAUCCGUCCAUUGCCACACUGCAUGCAGUGGUAGUAGUCCUAACUUCGAUUACUUCAACCUCAUAAAUGUAGUAAAGAAUACUAUGCUGUUGUUUAUCUCUGUUCCGUUCACCUCAGUGUGAUCUGAACAAGCCGCAUAAUACCAACCUUCUUGGACAUAGCCACUAUUCUUCACGCUAUACUGGUCUUUUCCAUACCUACAACUAACUGACUGACAAGUUUUUCCACUUCAUUCACUAUUUGUUUUGCCAACUUUUUAUCUUGACACUGUAUACGUCGUCUUUGCCCUGUGUCGUUCAGCCAUCCUCAACUUAGGAUUGUUAUACGGUUAGCAUAAGUAUUUUCUUCAGAUACUUCGCUGGAGGUAUCACAGACUGUUCAUUUAAACAGUCUUAUACGACGGCAACUCUGCGCUGUGACAGGUUCUGAGAAUAGUUGCUGCUUCAGCUGUAUGCAGGCCCAGCGUCAACUAUGCCUUCCGAAUUGACCCACGAAACGCAGACUCACUGGUGUCCGCUCUAAAGCCGUGUUUCUGCUUUAUUUUAGUACCCUCCUGACGGAGUAUACCUGGAGUCCAUUCACUCCCUCAUGCCCACUCGCCAGGUUAGCAUUCUCCUCUCUACUGCUGCUUUGUAAUUUCUAUCUCAUUAAAAGUAUCCGCAGGCAACACGGUGUAUUUGACGUAGAAAAAACAGCCCACAGCCACUAGAGGACACCACUAUAGUUCCACUUCAACAUCUAAUUCUUCGUUCUUUGCUCAGUAUCCUAUGGUUAGAAUUCCACCAAAUUUGGUAAUUUAUUUGCAGUCUGUCGUUUGUGAAAAGUUUGGUCUUGGUCCGAAUUCCCCAAGGUAUAGUGCAUACGCCUCGCCUUAUUUAAGUGCACUUGGACAGUCCCACUGCACUACUGAACUGAAAGGAGUGCUCAAACGCUCUGGGUUGCUUUAACAGACAUUCAUAAUGGACAUUAGCUUGCCCGGUUUCUUCUAAACCAGGUUUAUGUACUGCCAUAUGCCGAUCGUAGAAAUGGAAGCAGAUCGGUCCCACUAUGAAGAUAAGAUGUUUAUAUCUGCCACUCAGUGGAGUGAAGCAAAAUUAGGUUCCAGAGCGGAGAAUUGCCAAGGAGCUGUUUGCACUGAUAUCUUACAUCAGAGGCAUGUAGGCACGUAGUUGACUAUUGAAAGGACUAUCAGAUUAGGAAUUCCCCAACAAUGCUGAGUGGCUCCCGAGUAAUUCUUCAAUCUCUCACACGCUGUUCAACAGAGUUACUGCGACCGCAAUAAUGUAUGUGGCUCAGUCAGAUCCCGUGCUCUACUCGGGAUACGGACAAUCUCGGCAGAUCUUGUCGAGCCAGUUCUUGGGUACUGGAUCGGAAGCAGUACUGAAAUCACAAGAACUGAUUGAGAAGAAGCCUACUCAACAUACCUCAACCGUCUUUUUCUGAUGACACAGACUCCCGUCACGGUGCUGUUGCAUUGAAUGCGACUGUUUCAUUCGAGUCAAAGUCCGCGUACUUCACCCGAAGUACAAUUCUCAACCAACCUAAAUUUUGGCAUGUCUUCCACGCCCAUAACCCACUAUUCGCAAAUGUAUAAGAAGGUUCACCCGACGGGUGAACGGCACGCCCAGGUCUUUAUGGGGGUUUGGUCUUUGCGGCGGACCCCAUCGACGACUAUGUCGUCCCUCCUGCCCGUUUAAAAAAGCUGGGUCCAUGGAUAUCUGGACGUGUCGACCCCAUCAACCUUUGUCAUUUCUCACUCCUAGGGUACUUUCGACAAAUAUAGGUCCCUCUCCAGUGCCUUCUCCUCCCCAGAUCCUGCCACCCUGGCCAGAGUGAUUGAAAACGAGGCGGAGACCUUCAAGGCAGUAAGUUUACACCCUCCUCUUCCGCCAUAGUCUGUUUGUCUCGUUUGUCUUUCCUUCACUCUUCAUCUCGCUCAUUACUUCUCUCCCACCGUUAUGUGUUGUGUUCACAAUUCCCUUUGUUUCUUUCGUAUUAGGACAAAAACUUCGGCCUUGUAAAGCAGCUGCUUGACCGGCACAUCAAAUGUCGUAUCCAGAAUCUGACCAAGGUAGGCCCUUCGACUUUUCUUCUUGUUUUGAUUUCCCCUUCCACCAUCCCACAGUCUUCAGUCAGAAGAUUUGGUUUCUGGCCGCUAAGCAUACUUCCCAUAAAACGUCCCUGCUUGAGAACGGUCCACUCUCGGCAUGUAACCAGCUGGUUUUGACCUUUUCCAAUGCACUAGUAUGGAAAUGUACUUAGUGACACGUUCAGCACAAUCACACAAUUUUCCCCCAACCUUAUAGGGCAACGUAAUUUUUGCAUAGAUCAGUCCCGUUCUUCCACACGAGCAAACAGUGACAGUUUUUGCGCGAACACGAUUUUAUCACAAAGUAGUUUACUAUUAUGCCAACGAAUAAAGGUGGCCAGAUGACUGUCCCAUAAUUAUAACGCCGCCCACGUUGUAGCAUUGUUUCUUCCACGCGUCUGAUGACAGAGCUUUAGUGCGUCGAAUGUUACAGUGAGAAGUAUUAAAGUCAUUCAAUCUGAUCCGAACGUCAAAACCCCUUGUGAUAUGCUAGUCUUGCGUAGGCACUCUCAGACACAUCAUAAUUCGGUCUCAGUCUGUUGCAUGAAUUUUUUAAACCAAAGUUGUGAAUACGCAUAUUAAGGAAACUGCUAGAUUACUUUGUGACUCGAAAAGGGGUUCAUCCGCAGCAUUUCAUCUGGCUCUGUUCUCGCAUCACAAAACUUCUGCCGUCUCCCGACAAUACUUUUUGUAAAUAUCCAAGAAAAACUUCUUCUGACUGCGUUUCUCCUUAUGACAGACUUUUAUGACCCUCUCCCUCUCCGACCUGGCUGCAAGAGUCCACUUGUCUGAUGCGGCUGAAGCGGAGCGUCACUUGCUCGAGAUGGUAAGCCAUUUUUGCAUUCAUUAAAUUACGGAACAGUUGUCUCCAGCUAGACCCGGUCUUACAGAUCAGAUGGGAUAGGCCGCCGAGGUAUGGCAGCAACAUCAAGAUGGUUGCAUAACGCAUCAUGCAGUGUUUAAUGAUGUCUUGAAAAUGGCCGUCGUAGUAGUCUAUCGCAACAACCGAACUGCCGCUUAUCCUAUACUCCCAAAAUGUUUAUACCGCCUGGCUUAUUUCCACCAAAGGACCAUGAGAACGCUGUCUUAGUAAGCAAGGAAAGAGCAUUUGUGGUUAGAGUCAGGAGGCAGCAACAGUUUUUUUAUCUGCUACUUGGAUCUGACUGCUCGAGGGUCCGUUUACCCUGAGACGGCCUUUGGACAACUUCCGUUAGCCACGUUCCAGCUAUUUCGUUAUCCUAUUUUCUAUAAAAUGUUGAUGUUACUUUUUCACCCUAUUUCCGCUUCUUGCUAGAUCCCAUCAAAAUCAAUUCAUGUCCGAAUUAACCAAGAAGAUGAGACUGUUCGGUUUCUUGACGAUGCAGAACGCUACGACUCCGCCGAAAUGCUAAAAGUCCUUUCACAGAAGGUAACGUUAGGUCUAGCUGUAACAUGAAUUUGCUCUAUCACAACCCUAGGUUUGCCAGCCUUACCUCGUUAUAUUGUCAUUCCUUCAGAUGGAAAAGGCCAUGAAUUUGGAGAAAAAGAUGAUGCAGAUGAGCGACCAGCUCGCGCUCGUGUUAGCCGCGACGAAAAAGGUACCCGCUUGUGCAUUUUAUUCCAUUUAAAGUAUCUACUCAUAUUUUGGCAGUACCAUCGCACUAUUUAAUAUUUUAUGCUUCAGCAGCCCUCGGUUGUCCAAUGA